CACACCACAACCAUGCUCGCUUUGCGUCGUCUCGCUACCCCCCGUGCCUUGCCCACCGCUGCUCUGACCUCCGUCAGGCACUACAGCCUUGGUCGCUCUGAAGGCAGCGUCGCCCAAUCUAAGGAAUUCAGCAAGAAGGAGAAGGCCCAUGAAGAUCAAUAUGUGAAGAGGCAUGAGGCCGAACAGCUCGCUAAGCUCAAGGCUUCCAUUGAGGCUAAGAAGGCCGAAUUGAAGGACCUCGAGAACCAACACGAAGCCCUUGAGAAGAACCAGAAAUAAACGGACAUUCCACCAUGUUAUACCACAAGCAUAUCGCCACGACAGGAUGGACGUCUUAACCACUCUCGCAUGUAACAAGUCUCCAUGAGCUUCCAAUCCAGUGUACCUGUUGUAUCUUCCCUGUUGUCGAAAUUUAUCCCUGCAACCAUUUCA